AUGAGGUAAGAAACACGUUUAACUUGUGAUGACAGUAAAAUGCAAACUCAAAUUUACAGGGGUGUGAUAUUAAACAGUAGUUUAACAAUGUGUCUCUAAAACAAUCUUUUACCUCUUUUGCAUUUAAUAUGCAGAGUGUAACAUUUGAAACAUGACAGAGACCUCCCAGCAGAUUAUAAUCUGGGACAGUUCAGAGUUAAAUCUGUGACAGUGCCAGCAAAAAUCUAAAGAUUCGCAAAUUUAGGAUUUGAUUUUGGACUUACACUGUGUUUCAUACUCUUUUUGUCACAAGACACAUGUAUUUAUGUUACACAUUUCAGUGGUUAUUUUAGCUGAAUAAGACAAUUCAAAGGCUUCACAUAAGACAUUUACUGAUCAAUUAAUCAGUCAGACAAAGGAAAUAUGUAAAAACACUAAAUGAAAUAAAGAAGUUUUAUCAUUGUUUGCUCUUACUGGGAGUCUCUAGUCAAAAACUAGUAAAGUCAGGUAUGAUAGAUAAGAUACUCCUUUAUUAGUCCCACAAGGGGAAAUUCCCAGUAAGGGAAACAAAGACCAUUUUAAUUUACUGUGUUUGAAAUUGAAGGAAAAACAUGUUUUGUAUGAGGCCUUUCCCGGAUAAUAUGCAUUAAAAAAGCUUUGUUUUAAAAACGCUGUGUCAACUUCAAGAGAUUCAGCACUUAGGUUUUUAAUGAAUAAGUGUGAACAAAGAGGGGGUUCAUUUAUCAAUAACAACAACACAAAAACAGGGAAUAACCUUCAGGUAUUUUAAAUCACUGUGAGUGUGCUGUAUUAUUUUUGAUACAUAAAGACACUUUUUCAGUUUGACUCUGAUACUUCCUCAAAGACCAUCCAGUGCGUGUUUAUUGUAUUUUAUCGUCUGAAUAUCACCAUGGUUUGAGUCUGUGUGACUGUCAUGUGUCUCUGCAGAUAUUUCUGUUUAUUGAUUUGUUUUGUUCAUUAAAAUAACCAACCUGUGUUUCUGUGUUGACCAGUAACACUGCGUCAGAGGCUUCUAACACAGAAACCUGCUGCCCUAAGAACUUUUGGCUGCACAGGCUGUUUGGUCAACCUCUGGUAUGUUUCAGAGCUGUUAAAAUAAGAUCAUUUUAUAAGUGUGACAUUUAAAAUCAGACACUAAAAAUAUUUGACACAGUGGGUUUUCAUUUUUAUAUUUGUUGUUACUCCACAGAGAAAAGUCAGAAGUCCCAUCAGCCAUCAGCGGAGGUGAGUAAACUGCUCCAACAAUCAGCUGUUUAUUUGUGCAGCCACAAAAGCUUCUGAUAAAUGUUGACUAGUCACUGCAGACUCCUUUAAAAACAUCACUACAGGUUGUUAAAACAUAUGUCAACACACGGUAAUGGUGUGUGCUUGUGUCUGCAGAGAUGUCACCUCCAACGGUCUGGCUGGCUCCACAGCACCCCCACCUGGGGAGAAAAUCAAGAAACCAAAGGAGAAGAAAUGGGGUUGUUCUUGGUUUUUGAAGUGCUGUAGAGUAAGUAAAGCAUAGGAAUACCAGUCUGGACUUCAGUGUUGUUAUAAGCAUUAGUUUUGGUUUAUCUUUCAGUUGAUUCUGUUACUGACAAAUCAAAAUUAUUUUUACUUCAUUAGAGAGAAAAGCGUGUGUCUCCUCUCUCUGAUCCUAAAGAUCAGCAGAAGCCUCCUCAGGAACUCCAGAGAAGGUAACAAACUCAUUUUGUUCACAGGAUGGAUCAAUUUUGGUGUCACCUGAUGAGUUAAAUCAUCACGUGACACAAAUCAGGUGUUAUCAAUUCUUUCUUAAAGCUCCCGUGAGGAAUUUUUGGUUUGUGUUGCUUCUUAUGCUUCUUUCAUUACCUCUCUGUCAAAUUGUGUUAAGUCUUGUUUUCAAACAAAAAAUCUCCCUGCUCAAUUUUAAAAGUCAUUGGUCAUCUUCACCUGAGAUAUUUUUGAAAAAGCCUUUUUAAAAAGCUUCAAUUUAGCUAAAUCAUCUGACACCUACACCCCUGACAACAGUUUCUAACCUCACAAAUAACUUUGUAGAGAUGAACAAACCCUUCAAAGGUGGUCUGAUUUGCUUUUUAAGGCCACACAGAGGCAUCCCUAUCAAUAUCAGUCAGUUAUAAUCGGCUGAAAAUUCCCCACAGUAGCUUUAACAUGAAGUCACUUGUACAUGAAAAUCAGUAUAUCUGCUAAAUAUGUCCUGACACAUUAUUUUUUCCCCUUGAAACACACUCACAGUCUGUUCCUCAGUCUAUGAAUCAUUCAUUUUUAUAUCAAGAAGCGCUGUAAUACUGUAGAAUAGCCAACUUGAUUUUUUGACUUUAAAUUUAAAUGAAAAGAGCAGUUUAAUACACACUUUCUGUACCAGAUUUAAUGUGGAGGUUGACAUCUCAAUAAAGAAAGUUAUGGUUUGAGUUAGCUUGAGGUUAUCGCUUUCAUCCCCUUUUUAACUUUAUGUUCUUACUUGGGACAUGUUUUGAUUGGCAUUGAAAGUCAAUAAGGAUUAUUGGCAGUGCUGGUAAUGUGUAUUAAAAACUCUGAGUGUUGUGUUGGUCAAAUCUCGUCUCCUAAAAUUCAAUCCCACUUCGAUCUCAAUACUGAUUUUUGCUAAAAUAACCUUCUUUUCCAUAGAUGAGGUCAACUGUAAAAUAUGAUUCAGUACAAGUAGAUUACUAGCCCCACACACUUGUAGCUCUUUGCUGUUCAUUGUUAUUUACAGUUUGUUUUUGUCUCACUGCAGCACUGACGAGGUUUCUCAGAGCAGCGUGCCACAGAGCGAACUGAGUCUCGCCUAUCAGCAGAUCAACCUUGGGUGAGUACACGUGAUUUUCUGGAUUCAUCACUUAAAUCCAUGCAGCUACAUUUUGAUAAAAACAAUCCUCAGUUUGUGUCUGGAGCUGUGAUAUUAAGAUAUGAUUCCAUUUGUUGUGUUUGUGUGUCAGAUUUCCAAACCCAGCCCAGAUCUGCUACAUGAACUCCAGCCUCCAGAGCUUGCUCACGCUCACACGGUUUGUGAGGGACAUCAGGAGCCAGGAGGAGGUCUGGAGUCUGAUCCCAGGGGCCCAGCUGAUGAGGUGUAGUAUCUGUACACACACACACACACACACACACACACACACACAGUUAACUGUUUAGAAUAAGUGUAAAAGAUGACUAAAGUAGAGGGUUAGGUUGUUUUAUGCCAGACUGCAUGAGUAAGAGUGGUACACACCGCAGAUAACAGCCAGCAUAGCUGUCUGCGGGAGUUCCUACGUUAAAGCAAAGCUAUGCACUGCAGAUGGGUCACAAGAAGCAACUUACACCACUUUGAGUCAAAAAUGUAUAUUCUUAUUUUUGUUUUAGAUUAUUAUAUAUCGCCUUCAAACACCUGAACUAUCCUUGAAUAAUUUCACACGAAACAUGCCAAGUACAAGGUUUACGUUGAGAAAUGGUCUCUGAUUUGUUAGUUUUGUACACCAACGUUUCCUGGUUUGGUUCAGAAAAGAUCGUGGCUUGGAUUAAAAUUCAACUGUGAUCUUUACAUGCUCUCAAACAGCUUCAACAACAGAACGUGUUGUUGAAGCUACGAGUCAAACUUUUGACGUGAACUAAAAACUGAAAUACAAGAAAGAAAAGGAAUAAUACAUCAAAAUUAAUAUUGCUAUUCAAAAUUGACCCAAAGCUUUUUUUGGUCCUCAGGAUAUGAGAAAUAUUAAGCUUUUGUCUUUUUUUAAAAUGAGAAAUCUGGUUUAUUGUGUUAAUGAACUAGCAUUUAAUGAUUAAUUAUUAAUAAUAUAUAUUAAUAUACAGGACUGAAACUGAGGAAAAGAUAAAAAUAAUAAAUAAUAAAAACUUAAUUAUGUGACAUUGACAGAAAUAUGUCAAUGUCAGAUAAUUCAAAUGAAGUAUUGUAAUUAAAUGGGUUUUUAAAUCUGACAUAUUAAAAAAAACUAACAUACCCCAAAUCAUUUUAACUGGUGAUCACAAAAAUGUCCCAAUCUGAGUUUGAUUGUUUUUUUUUUUAUGUUAGCUCAUAGUGUAAAAUGUUGGAUAACAAUAUUUUUUUUUCAAUGCAUUGUGUAUGUAGACUGGCAUAGGGUUACAAUUCUGGAAAUUGUUUAUCAUUUGAUAUUUAUAAACAAAGUUGAAGCUGCUGAAAUAAAUGUGAUUCAUUAUAAGUUGAAAACAAUAUUUAUGUAUAAUUUUAUGUCAGUUUUUGGCUUUGAACUUAUUUUUUGUCCUGUACUAUAAAAAGAGAUUUUUUUUAAAGUCUAAAAAUGAUUCAACAUUUAAUAUAUAAAUGAACAGUAAAUCUGCUUAAAAGAUUUGACCCAUUAAAAGAAGAGAUAAUAUCCAUGUUAAACUAUUUCAUGACAGAUUUUUUGCCAAGGAUAAGUUCAUUUCAGGAUGUCAGGAACUUUUUGUUGCUGAGACAUGAGGCUUCAGUUUAUCCGCAAAUCUUUAAAUCAAACUAAAACAAGCUCCUCUCUGUUCCUCUGCAGUUAUUUCAUGGACAUUGUUCGUCUCCGUGACGGUGGUGACACUCUCCUAAAACUUGGUGCUCUGGGUAAAUUUAAGUGGCUUCUCUCUAUCGAGGCCCCAGAGUUUGCGGACCACCAUCAGAAAGUAAGUCAGCUCGUUUUCUUUAAAGUUUCACUAACUGCUCCUUGUCUGCGUAUCCAAUCAAACCUGUGUUUCUGUUUGCUCAGGAUGCCCAUGAGUUCCUGACUGCAGUUCUGGGUCAGAUGAGGGACCUGGCUGCGCCACUGAGGCAUGUUGCCUCUAUCCUGGGGAGGUCCUACAGGUGUCCUGUGGAAAGCAACCUGGAGUUCAGGAUGCAGAACCGCAGAAAAUGCAAGAGGUAAAAACAUACAGAUGGUUGCAGGACAAAUUUACCUCCAGUUUGACUAAUGUGUUUAAUUUUUUGCUCAUUUUUAUCAAGUCAGGUCAAAUCUACAGUAAUCUUUUCUUUUAUCUUUACAUUUUCUUUUCACAACUUGUAUAACUACAGUAUAUAAUCAUAUGUAUUGUCCUUUUAACGUGCAGAUGUGGCUCCGCCUCAGUGAGAGAGGAAGAAUUCCUGAAUCUCUCUCUGGACCUGAUUCCUGGGGGUUCGGUGCAGCAGAUGCUGCAGGAAUAUGAGAAGGUAAAGAAGCUGGACUUCUUUAAUCAACAUCCACAUUGUCUGACAUGAAGCCACUCAAAUGUUUCACUCUGCGGUUAUUUUUGGUUGUUGAUUUUAAUGUACACAGUAUCUGACAGCAUGUUUUCUCUGCAGGACACAGACUUGGAGUUCAACUGCGAGUGUGGAGGCACAACUUCAGCACAGUGCUCCACCUUCACAACCCUGCCAAAGUGGGUGACGUUACAUCCAUCCCAGACUCACUGUUUCCCCCUGUUGCAGACACAUGCACAGAUUAUUUUCUGUUAAUUUAUCCUCAGUAUUUUCAUGCUCAGAAAUUCCCUCAGUUUAAUAAUCCUGUGGUCAUUCCCUCUCUGCUGCUCUCCACAGUUUCUUGGUGCUCCAACUUAAGAGGUUCCAAUUCACUGAGUCCUACGAGCUUGUGAAACGUCACGACCCCGUGGACCUCACCAGGGAACUGAUUGUGACAUCUAGCCAGGUAAGACACUUAUGCACCAAAGUGUAAGAGUGUAGAAGUGUGUGUGUGUGUGUGUGUGUGUGUGUGUGUGUGUGUGUGUGUGUGUGUGUGUGUGUGUGUGUGUGUGUGUGUGUGUGUGUGUGUGUGUGUGCUUGUUUCUAACAGUUGUUCUGUGUGUUUGCUCUCAGGCUACGAGCUGGUACAGUCUGGUUAGUGUCAUCAGUCAUUUAGGCAGUGAAGGAAACGCAGGUAAAACAUUCACUCAGUGAGGGUCAGAUCAGCCAGUGCAGUCUUCUGUUAGGUCCUCAGAUCCAUAACAGAUAGAUAAAUGCCAAUCAAAGGCUAGAGUCUUUAAAGUCUCAGGAAGAUCAAAUUAACAUUAGCCUUCAAACCAUGUCUUUGUAAGAAAGAUAAAACAUUAUGAAGUAACUGGAUCGGUCUCAUUCAGCAGAAAGUGCAGCCUGCUCUUGGAUCUUGGUAACAUUUUCCAUCAUUUUACUUUCAAAGAACUGCUGAACUCCUAAGAAUGUUUGAAGAAACUUGUUAUAAACCAAUUUUUAGGAUUUAUAAUCACAUAAUUUAACAUGUAAGCUAAAGCACCAGAAUUAGAAUUAGAAGUAUACUUUUAUUUUUAGAAAUGCAGCCAAAUAAAAGUGAAAGUCGCGGGCACAAAAAAACUACAGUAAAGUACAGACACUUCAAAAUUAUACUCAAGUGCUAUAUUUAAGUAAUGCUGCGUACUUAUUGUACAACACUGUUCUAGACUUUGCAAUUCAUUGUAUUAAAAUUUCAGAGAGCCUAUUAACUGUUAAAGUUUAUGAAAUGACACACAGCAGAACAACUUUUGAUGAUGAGAUCACUUGAUUUACUCUUUGACAGCUGAGAUCCCAGAGUCUGCUGUGUCUGCAGACAUGGGCUCACUCUCCAGAUUUGUCUUUAAGCCAUCAUGCAGCGUUACCUUGAAUGUUCAGAGAAAAUACUGAGACAUCUGAGAAAAUCUGUGUGAUCAGUUUUACAAGAGAAUAACUUUUUGACAUUAAGCCAAGUUGUGAAAUUAACUCUACUCUGGUUCUUUAGUCAAACCUGCUCUGCGCUCAUGUUAUGGUCCACUACUGCCCCCUGUGGCUGACUGCAAUAAUACCUAAUUGUCACUAUAAUGUACAAAUGUAGGCUGCUGUUAUUAAUCAAGUUUUCCUGCAGUGCAUUUUGACUAUUUCACCCUGACUUUCUUGGAGUUUUGAUCAAAUGUUUGCUCACAGUAACGGAAAAUUUUUAUUCCAUGACCGUCUUUACAUCAACACAUAAAACAAACAACAAACAUCACGAAAGACUCACAUGUUUAUGGCUAUAAUUCUGUUCAGCUGGGUUUAUCCAACAUUUGAUGCAAACUCUUCUUCCUCUCCUGUUAGGACACUACAUCAGCAGCGGGCUGCACCCUGAUGUGGAUCCUCAGACUGCCAGUGAUCUUUGGCUGAAUUAUAAUGACUCCAUGGUCACCUAUAUGACAAGAGAGGAUGUAUGCCAAAGAUCAGAGGAGUCAGCAUAUCUUCUCUUCUACGAGAAGAUGGUGAGAAAAAAUUGUUAAACAUAGAUUAUAAUUAAAUAAGCUGAAUUCUCCACAAACAGAGAUCAUUAACUGUCUUUAUGUUUGUUUUAGGAAUAACAAGCCAAAAUGAAUUUAAGAGUUUUUGACGGGGACUCUUAAGUCAAAAACCAGUGAAGUCAGGUAAGACAGAGAAAAUACUCCUUUAUUUGUCCCGCAAGGGGACAUUUCCAGUUUGGGAACCAAAGACCAUUUUAAUGUACUGUGUUUGCAUGAAUGAUUUUAAUUACAGAAAUGUGUUUAUGAAUUUGUCUUUUUUAAUUUUAAUUUUCUUUACUGAAUUAUAUUCAUUAAUUUAUUUCAAAGAUGUGAAACCUUCCCCUGGAAAAAUCAUUUCUGCAGACUUCAGAUUUUAUUAUUCGUCGUUUUUUCUGUCUCAGGUCCGAGUGGAGCAGUACAGCCUCGUCCAGAACCAGGAUGAGUCCACUCCUUGGCUGUUACUGAGGAAGGUCCCACCGAUGGACGGCCCUCCACGUUUCUCCUCCCCCAAGCUCCUCUCUGUGCUCUUCUCCAGCCAGGUCACCGGGACCUACCCGCAGCCCCUUCCCCUGCCUCCCCCCUCUGAUGUCAGAGGAGGAGCAGUGGCCAGGCUUGGAGCCUGAGGACCCAGAGGAGCUCUCCAGACGGAGGAGACGGUGGAUGGCCCCACUGAGGACCACUCAGGAGGAACCUGCGCUCCCUUCAUCCACCAAGCUCAUCUCCACCAGUCCUGAGCCCAAGUGGAAGAAGAAUCUUGAGCGCCUCAUGAAGAUCAGGUUCCAGUGGUGUAACGUGACUCACAAGAGGCCUGCUGGACGGAUGAAAAACAACCGUCCAAGCAAGAGUCCUUUUGGGGGUCACGUUGUGCCGUAGUUAAGUUAGAAUAAGUUGUUUAGUUAAGAUAAGUUAAGUUAAUAUAAGUUAAGUUUUUUAGUUAUAAGUUAAGUUAGAGUAAGUUAAGUUGUUUAGUUAUAAGUUAAGUUAGAAUAAGUUGUUUAGUUAAGAUAAGUUAAUAUAAGUUAAGUUUUUUAGUUAUAAGUUAAGUUAGAGUAAGUUAAGUUUUAGUUAAGAUAAGUUAGAGUAAGUUAAGUUUUCUCUUCUAAAAAAACAAAUAAGGUUGUUUGGUAAUUCAGUCUUAGUUAGCCUCCAGCUCCCCAGCAGCAUCUCCUCUCCUCCAAUGAAAGCCUCCGGCAUCCUGCUCUGCAUUUAAGUCAUUGACAACGAAUCCCUCGCUCCGCUCCAGCUCCUCCUCUCGCACUUGCUCCUAAAAAAACAAAUAACGUUGUUUGGUAAUUCGGUCUUAGUUAGCCUUCAGCUCCUCAGCAGCAUCUCCUCUCCUCCAAUAAAAGCCUCCGGCAUCCUGCUCUGCAUUUUAGUCAACGACAACGAAUCCCUCGCUCCGCUCCAGCUCCUCCUCUCACAUGCUCCUAAAAAAACAAAAAAGUUUCAAUUAAAGGCAGAAAAAACGACUUCACCUUGGACUCAUUGGGCAGAACUUCAAAAGUCCUUGGUUGUGUUGUGUGGUUAUUUAUUUUGAUGUUAUGUGUUGGGAUGUUUUGUGUAGUGGCGCAGUUUUAGUAUAGUGUCUUGUGAUGUGUUGUUUUGUUUCAUGGGUUGUGUUGUCAUGCAUGUGUUUAUGUUGUGAUGUCUUGUUUUUUAAUGUGUUGUGUUGUGUGGUCAUGUUUGAUGUUAUGUGUCGUUAUGUGCUCUUUUACCUCGUAUUGUGAUGUGUUGUUUUCUUCUGUGUGUUGUGUCGUGUGUGUGUGUGUGUGUGUGUGUGUGUGUGUGUGUGUGUGUGUGUGUGUGUGUGUGUGUGUGUGUGUGUGUGUGUUUGUGUUGUGAUGUGUUGUGUUGUGUCACGUCCUUUCGCGUGACCUCUUUACUUAAUUUAUUCACUUAGUGGGUAAGUGAGUCUAAAGGUGAGUUUGGUUCCUCCAGAGUCAUUGUUAACAUGAAACAAAGUCAGUGUAGGACCCAUUUUCUUUUUGUUUUUUUUUAGGUAAAGGACCUCAACUGAGAAGAAACCCCCAGAAGAGCCGAGCACGAGACAGAAGACGCAGGAGGACCAAACAUACGAGAGACAGGCCCAUGAAGAGAGAGACGGAGGAAAGAUGAAUGACGGAUGUACUGUGUGUUUCUGGGAAUUUGAAGGUGAAUAACUCUAUAAAUACUUAAAAGGUUCAGCUUUGAAGAAAAAAAAUAGACAAUUUUAACUGAAGGGCUGAAAUUCAUGUUUGUUUCAGGUAACUUCAAAGAGUCAAACGCCUAAAAUGACUCCAGAGGAGGCCAAAGAUGACACCGACCCGCCAGAUCCCUGAGGUCUGCUGACCGGAUGGUCUUAGAUGUGCCGAGAACCCAGCUUAAAAGCAGAGGGGAUCGGGCAUUCGCAGUUGCUGCUCCCACUCUGUGGAAUGCCCUGCCUCAGUCUGUGCGUUCUGCAACCAGCCUCACCUCCUUCAAAAUGCACCUUAAAACCUACCUGUUUACCCUAGCUUUUGGUUGAGUUGUCACCUGCUUUUACUCGCGUACACUUUUCUUUUAUUGUUGUUAUUGUAUGUUGACCUUUUAAUGUUGCCAUACUUGUAGCUUUUAUUAUUUUGUUUUUUUCUCCUGUAAAGCACUUUCUCUGGCCUGUCCUAUAAAUGUGCUAUAUAAAUAAACGUGAGUUGUGUUUUCGAAAGAUGAAAGUUCUUGAACCCUUUGCACACACUUACAGCCUGUCUCCUCACAGCAUUUAAAAUUAUUUGUAUUGGAUACCAUAUCAUAUGUGCAGAGAAGAAGAAAAGAAGAGUUCAGAAAAACACAAGAUUAGUAAAAUAUUAAGACUGAUGAGGCUGUAAAACUAAGUUCUUAAAUACAAACUGAUUUAUUCUCAAGUGGUUUGUUACAGUCACUAGAGGACGCUUUAUGUUUAGUGCUGAGUAUGCUUUUAAACAGUCUUUAUUAUUAUGUCAGCACUGUGGGUCAGCUCAGGUGAAAGAAAAACUCGUCAUAGUUCUCAGGUGUGUUAGGGGUUAAAAAAAACUGUGGCUGAAACCACAACAGGAGUUACUAAAAGAAAGAAAGAAAGAAAGAAAGAAAGAAAGAAAGAAAGAAAGAAAGAAAGAAGGGAGGACAGAUGGCCGGAAGGAAGGGGGGUAAAAAAAAGCCUAAACACUUAUAAUCAUUUUUACUCAAGCUCCUUGUGUUAGUAAUCAGAAGGAAUGAAUCCUGUCUCUUCUGCUGAUUAUUCAACACCUUUACUGGCCAAACUACAAAAUGAUUUAUAACCAAAGAAAGAAAAGAACUGGAAAAAAGAAGGACAGAAAGAAAAAAAAAAUAUGAUCAACUUUAUCUAUCAAAUACUGUAAACUGGAUGUCUUCAUCCUAGUUAAACAUUUUGAGAUUGAAAGGUAAUUAAUUGUUUGGUAAACUGCUUUGGCAGAAGUAUCAGGCACUACUCGUGAUAAUAAAAACAAUUCAAACAUGGAUUAAGGGAGGAAGAAAGAAGAAAGAAAUGUUUAAAAGAAAGAUAAAAAGAAGAGGGAGAAAAGAAAAGAAGAAGGGAAGAUAAAAAAUGAAGCAACUUUGCCCUCAUGAUCAUUAUUUUUAUCAGAGCUUUUUCUGAGUUACAUGAAUGAUCCUGAGUCUGUGUCUUCUGCCACUCAGCAAAAACAUAAAAAGAAAGAAAGAAAGAGAGAAAGAAAGAAAGAAAGAAAGAAAGAAAGAAAGAAAGAAAGAAAGACAUUUUAUGUUUGAUUUAUUAACAGUAUUGUGUGAAGGAUAAAAAAGUCUUUUUUAUGCAGCUGACAUCCUUAUUCACAUAUCUGUAUGCAAGUGGAGUUAUAAAUCAGUUCCAUGUCAUGCCAACAUCACUGUAGGAUAAGAUUCAUUCUAAUCUUAUACCAUAAGUCUCAGUCUUAUCUUAAUGUACCAUAAGCAGAGCACCUUUCAGCAUUUAGAAAGUUAGAGUGGCACAGAAGAAACCUUCUCACUAAGAAGGCAGAAAACCUGGAGCAGACCAUGACCCCCGCGAAAAAGCCAUAAGAUAGAGACAAAAAAAAGGAGAAAUGGUUCAGAGCUCCUCAGCAUCCCUGGCUCUACCAGAGAGUUAUCUUGAACACAUAGAGUUAAGUCAAUUGUUUUUCUGAUUGGAGCAGCUGGUCACCAACCCAGACCCUCGUGUCCCAGUGUCGCGGCAGGCUGCCCUUCAACACAUGCAGAAAAACUUGGAUAUCUACGAAGUGCAGACUGCAGGAGCCGCUCAGCAGGUAUGAUUUAUUGGAAAGUUAUAAAUGCUUAGUAGCGACUCAUAAAAAGGGUUACUUAUUGCUCUACUAAAAAUCAAUGAGCCACCAUGUGCCAGGUUUUUUCCGUAGCGUAACCAGUAAGUGUAUUAUUCAAUAAAAGGGUCAUACCUUAUAUGACAGCAAAUGACUGUGCAUUCAGAAUCCUGGCAUGUUUUUCCAGUCGUGUCUUCUCUUGUCUUUAUCAGGGUGCCCAGAUCCUGGUGUUUCCAGAAGAUGGUCUACAUGGGUUUAACUUCACCCGCACAUCCAUUGUAGGUUAUCUUGAAACAAUUCCUGACCCCCAGCAGGAGACACGACAACACUGAGGUGCACAGAUAUACACUCAUGUUUGAUGUCUAUCUUGAUUUAAAGAUACCCACAAGCAGCCAACACUGGUCUGUUAUUAUGAAUUACAUUUCAGAAUGGUUGUUUUACAGGUUCUCCAGCGGUUGAGCUGUAUGGCUUGUCGGAAUAACAUCUACAUUGUAGCUAAUAUGCCUGACCGGCAGCCCUGCCCCCUGUCUACAGAUCCCACCUCCUCCUGUCCAUCUGAUGGACGCUGGCAGUUCAACACCAAUAUUGCCUGUAGGUGAAGUUGAGAUCUUAAAAUAGAGACAUCUGGCUAAACUCCAGCAAAUGAAUCAACACAUGAAUUCUUAAUUUCAUUAUCUUCUGGGUCUGAUGGCCUGCUGGUGGCACGCUACCAUAAAUACAACCUUUUCCCUGAGGAGUCCUUUGACACUCCACCACAGCCUGAGAUCAUCACAUUUGAUACUCCUUUUGCUGGAAAAUUUGGCCUGCUGAUAUGCUUUGACAUCCUAUUUUACAAGCCCACUAUAGCACUGGUGGAAAAGGUAAAACCACUCACAAUUAUGUAUUUAGCUCUAUGUCCCUGUGUCGGAUCUCUUUUUUAAAAGCAGACUCUCUUCCUGCUCCUUUUAGGGUGUUCAUCAGCUGAUCUUCCCUACAGCUUGGUUUAACACCCUCCCCCUGCUUGACUCUGUCCAGUACCUUCGAUCAUUAAGCCGAAGCACCAAUGUCACCCUGCUAGCAGCCAACCUCUGCCAUGAUAAUAAGAACAUGGCUGGGAGUGGUAUCUACACACCUUUUUCAUCCAUCUACCAUCACUCAAAGAGGGGAGACCCAGAGGAGGGCAAGCUGCUGGUGGCCAGGGUGCCGGUCUUAGACCCAGAGUGGUCGGGGCAGAGGGUGGCCACAGAGGAGGAGAAACUGGCGUCUGAGUCCACUUCAUCCCCUGUUACAGACUCUGGAUUCUGUCACAGUGAGAGCUGCUCUGAUGCAUCUUCAGUCCCUUCAUCAUCAGCCACAUUCACAUCAUUCACGAUUGGUGACCCGUUCACAUUUGUCCUCCUAAAUGAAAAAGAGGGUAGGGUGAAGGUGUGCAAUGGCUCCUUUUGCUGUCACCUGCAGUACAAGCGAAUUUCACAGGGUAACAGUGAGGAGCUGUAUGCAUUUGGUGCAUUUGCUGGGCUGCACACUUUGGAUGGAGACCUAUCCCUGCAGGUAUGAACUAAAGGGUUUAUGGAUAUAGACACUGUCCUUUACAACAUGUCUCACCUGUAUCCUUCCUUCUGCAGGUGUGUGCACUAGUCCGUUGUGCAGGGUCGGACCCAAGCUUCUGUGGACAGGGAGUAGAAGAAGCUGAGACCAAAAUGGACUUUGUGAUGGUGGGGAAGUUUGGAACCAGAUAUGUGUACCCAUCAGUUUUGGCGAGUCAAAUGGUUUUAGAGGAAGUAAAGCAUUUUGACAAAUCUGCAGAUGGAAGAGUGACUUUAAAACACUCAGACAUGACUGCUGGACUGGUGACCGCCUGUCUGUACGGACAGAUGUAUCACCUGGACCACGAAUAA